UGCAACGUGCACUCGCCAGACGACUCGACAGAUCCAAGUCCUUGCCACAAAUACUACCUUGUCCUCAAUCCGCGCCAGUGUGCUGUCAAUUUAGUCUCAAAAGCAUGUCCCCUGCAAGGCAGCAAAGAUCCUGUUCGCCAUCUGGGAACUGGGGGAGAUCCAUGCCCCAUACUCUGUACUCCAUCCUCCGUCCGAGUUGUUGCCGAGGUCCCAUGGUUCUGUUGAUACAGCGAAUGCGGGGAACAAAGAAAGUCCCAGGGAAAUGUCCGACAGAACAAAGAAAGGACACAAAGAAGAUCCAGGUGGCUUUCAGGUAGUGCUGGUGAACGGUGAACAGCGUACAAAUAAGUGCCAGCUACUAGAACAGCAGGACAAAGAAUCCGGAAUCACUAAGCUGGCCAAGCUUCACAAGCUUCACGAGGCUGCCUCAUUUCAGGGGCUAAUCGCUGCCUCGUCGUCCACUGCAUGCUGUACCUCUGUCUAUCAGUUAUACUAUGCUAAUAUGUGACUGCCCUUUUGACAAUGGGCCCAAUGCUGCCAGUUCGCAUUGCCUCCACGAAUGUGAAUGAGACUACCCGAGGUAAGAUAAACGCAGUCAGAAACACCGACAAUCCCCAUGGCAUGAAGCACCUCGACCAGGCAGUUGUUGCCAGGCAUUCGAGCCUUAGAACAACCGUCAAAACUCCAAGUCCCUUUAUGGCACAUUUAAAAACUGCCUCAUCGCUGCCUGAUACUGCCCCGUGAAGAUGCCGCAAGUCACAGAGCACCGAGCUAUAUAUUUUCCCACAACGAACAGAUGGAGCAUUCAAUUCUUUCCAUCAUCCUCAUCCUAUCCAUCUCCCAUCCACUCCGAUCCCAGAACAACACCCAAAACAAACCCCAAAAAUGCCAUUAUUCCAAGUCCCAGAGCCCUACCUCAAGCAAGACGGCGUCGUCUCGUGGGCACCUGAAGGAGACACAUUCAUCCGCGUGAUUCCCAACGGCCUUCUCCCCAUCUCACCCAACAUCGAAACCUUCCGCGUCUCCAGCACAGCACUAACCCAACGCUCGUCCUACUUUUCCGCUCUGCUCGGUCCACGAUGGAACACCAGUGACAACGGCACCGGAAACCAACUUCACCUUCCGCAACAUCAAGAUCAUCGCGCGCGUAUGCGACAAAUACAUGUACUCAGGCCCCACCCCCUCAUGGAUCACUAACCCCCUAAACAAACUCCUCACCAUCCGCCCAUCCCGGCUAAUGUACCACCACGAGGGAAGUGCAAUGUACCAUCUGCCCGACAUCAUGGUAGUUGCAUCGAUCUUGAACCUAUCCGAGAUCUUCACAAAAGCAUCCCGACACAUGAUGUGGGUGUUACCAGUUCCCCCCGUCGGCGGCUUUGAUGCAGAGUGCACCAUGACCGACCUUUUUCGACCCAACUUUGUCAGGAACUUCCGCGAGGAAGCCGAGCGCCUCAGCAAACAUCUGGUGACUCAACUUCCAAAACUGUUGUGGCCGGAUCCUCAUUCUUCGACACACACAGGCCGGUGGUGGUGCGAAAACUGCGCUGCCAUCACGCACGAGGAACGAUGGAAUAGAGAACUCAUUUCAAAAUGCCCCUUGGACGACUCCAGCAUUUUUCUCAUGAGUCUGGGUGAUAUUGUGAGUACUUGGCUCAACGAGAUCCCGUCUUUGGAUGAUGCUCAGCACUCGCCUGGCGGUGGUCCAAGGGAAGAGUUGCCCUGUGGGAGAUUUCGAUUGCGAUACGCGGAUAUCAGCCUGGAAGAGAUACAUAUGGAUUUGUAUGCUUCCAUGGGUGGCAUGUGUAUGCAUUGCUACAAGGCUGGUGUGUUUCGAACUGACUGAUCGAGAACCAACUGAUCGAGAACCGACUGAUCGAGAACCAACUGAUCGA